AUUAUUUAUGAGAAUGACUAAGGUUGUUGAUGGUUGGGGACAUGGCAAUUAUGAAUAUACAAGCUAAUAGAUUUUUUCAAACAAGUUUGAAAUUUAGGCCAUGUUAGUUAGUCAGAGGAACUACAGUACAUGAGAGAUGUCCCUAAGUCUUUGUGUAUUAAUGGUAUGUGAUCCUAUAAAUAGAACUCGAGUUGCCUAGCUUUCUCAUCACAAGAGUAAAGCAAGUUAUUCAGGCUCUACUACAAUUUUCUGUUUUAUUAAGAUGGGAAAUUUACAUAAGUAUGUUGCGGUACUUGCUUUUAUAUUUGCGUUGGUGAUUGGAACAUUUGAAUGCCGAACACUAAAAAAAGAAGAAGUUGUUGAGACCUUUGGUGGAGGUGGUUUAGGUGGUGGUGCAGGAGGAGGUUUUGGAGGUGGUAGUGGUGGAGGUGUUGGAGGAGGAUUUGGACACGGUGGAGGUGUUGGAGCUGGUGGAGGCUUUGGAGGCGGUGCUGGAGGUGGUAGUGGUGGAGGAGGAGGAAUCGGAGGGGGUCAUGGUAGUGGAUUAGGUGGAGGUGGUGGUGCAGGUGGAGGCUUCGGAGGUGGUACUGGUGGUGGUGCAGGAGGAGGGAUCGGUGGUGGACAUGGUGGUGGAUUAGGUGGAGGCUUCGGAGGUGGUAAUGGUGGUGGUGCGGGAGGAGGAAUCGGUGGUGGACAUGGUGGUGGAUUAGGUGGAGGUAGAGGUGCAGGUGGAGGUUUCGGAGGUGGUAAUGGUGGGGGUGCAGGAGGAGGAAUCGGUGGUGGAUCAGGUGGAGGUGGUGGUGGUGGUGUUGGAGGAGGCUUCGGAGGUGGUAGUGGUGGUGGUGUAGGAGGAGGAAAUGGCGGUGGACAUGGUGGUGGAUUAGGUGGAGGUGGUGGUGCAGGCGGAGGCUUUGGAGGUGGUAGUGGUGGUGGUGUAGGAGGAGGAAAUGGUGGUGGCGGUGGUAUAGGUGGAGGCAUUGGAGGUGGUUCUGGAGCGGGUGGAGGUGUUGGAGGUGGUUUUGGAGGUGGACAUGGUGGUGGUGCAGGAGGAGGCGUUGGUGGGGGUGGAGGCAGAGGUGGAGGCUUUGGAGGUGGAUCAGGGGGUGGUGCAGGUGGAGGAUUUGGAGGUGGAUCUGGUGGAGGCGCAGGUGGAGGUUUUGGAGGUGGAGCUGGAGGAGGUGCAGGAGGCGGUUUUGGAGGUGGUCAUGGUGGAGGUGCGGGAGGUGGUUUUGGAGGUGGUGCAGGUGAAGGUGAUGGUGGUGACCGAGUUUAAAUAAAUAUCCAUGAUGUUAUUAUGAAAUGUAAUGUGUUAUUUAUGAAUCUAAUGAAAUAAAUGCGACUUUUUAUUAAGUA